AUCGAUGUGUUUCUCAUUCAGUCUGUAGUGAUCCAAACUGAUACAAACUGAUUUCUAGCAGAUAUGUAUGCGGUGAAAUAUACGCACAACUAUGUCUAUCGAAGACGUGAUCGCACGAAAGUGGUGUUAAGGUCUGUGUCCACCGAUUCGUCAACCAUAGGGAUGCUUAAAUUUAUGCACAACUACAUAUACAGGAGCCAUAAGCGCACCAAAAUCGUGCUAAAUAGAGUGUCCGGAAGCGAAGCCACCAAGUCAAUUAGUACGAUUGCAUUUGCCAGAAAGCUGAUGCAGUUGAACAAAGAAGAGGACCAGAUUCGGAAAUGGGACGCAGCCCUGCAAAUUGAAAACCUUAGAGCAGAGAAGUUAUCCAGUAAAGAGGACAUCUGUGUUGAUAAGAAACUGGAGUCUAACAACAAUAAGGUACGAUGGAUGUCCGGAAAACGUGGUUUCUUCUUGGACAACAAUUAUCCAUGUCUAUCCAUAUAUGGGGAGCAGAUGGACAUGGACUUGGACUACACGCCCAUUGAGGACGAGCAGAUCAUUAAUGAGGAAGGGGAAAUAAAAUAUGUUGUGACUUCGGAGAAAGAUCGGCAAGUGGGAGACCGGGUAUAUCUUCGUUUGCAUUACGGGAGUGAAUGGAAAUAAAAGCCCAAGAUUGUUGUACAUGCUCCUCAUUGGCGACACAUGUUUCUCAUAAACACUUUUACAUUCUCAAACGCGGUGAAGAAAAUGUACCCUAAAAAUGGAUAAAUAGCAGCUGCGACAAUUGCGAGGUGUUUAGAUUCUUUGCAGAGCUCUAUGCACUGUACUGCGACAACAUUGUAUUAUGUAUUUUAAAUGUUCUUCAAAAAUUAGAUCUGUGUAUUUUUUAUGUUUUAUGUGAAAGUUUGGAGAUGUAUGCACUAUAUGGUCUUAUGUAUUUUGAAUGUUCAUCAAGAAAAAGAUCUAUGUAUUUUCAAUGUUUAUAUAAAA